AUAAUUAUGCAUUUUUUGUAUAUAAAUUAAUUAUAUUUCUAAAUAUUUUAUACAUAAUACAGCUAAAAAAUUUUCUAAUUAUUAAACAAUUAUUAAACAAUUUCUUCUUAAAUUUAAUUUGGAAACAUAACACUAACAAUAAAAUGAUUCAUCAUAUUAUCAUAAUUUUACCAAAAUACUAUUUCAAAAUUAAUUGCACAAAUAGUUGUUAAUAUUUUACAAAAGAUCAAUACUUCUGCUAUUUCUAUAUCCAUUUUUGUAACUACAUCUACAUAAUUUUAAAUUAUAAUUUGUGUGCUAAAUUUCGUCAUAUAAUUUAAUAAAUGUUGUUCUGUAGGAACAAAUAUAUUCUUAUUUUAUUAAAGUCAUAUGAUUUCAACAUUCUCACUACAUAAAUAUUUAGCAAUUUAGUAAUAAAUCAAUAUAAAUAAAAUGGAAUUUGUCUUUUAGUGAACAUUACAUUUAAUAUACAUACGACGAUAGUCCAUAGUCAAAUUCAAUGUGAUAUAAAAGAUAAAAUAUUUAAAGUAAGUUUAUUUCACUCAACACAUCUAUUUUAUUUCAUAAGACAUUUUAAAUAUUACAGCCAACGCGCGGUACCAUAUAAUUCGUCCAAUUCGCGGCCUUGGCAUUUGUUUUUCCGGCAUACGAACAAUGCUCCUGGCGUACGCAAGGUCGCGCCACGCUGUCAGUUGUGCGUCGUGCGUCAGCAUUAAACAAAUGGACGGUGGCGAAGGGAUAUUUUACCGUAAAUAUUCAUUCCGGGAGUACCGUGCGACGGGCGUACUUUGAUAAUUAGUUUGCGUACGCGUAAUUGUCUCGUAGUUGUACGUGUCUUGAAUGUUCUGCGAGUGCAAGGAUUCCUGUCAACCUGAGAAGAGGAGGAAGGAGAGAUGUCCGGCGAUGGAGCGCGCGCGCAACCUUGAGGUAAUAUUAGUUAUAUUUAUAUAUUGUUUCUUACACAGAAUUAAAUCAUUUUCCUUCAACUGGAUUGUUUGUAUUCUCAAAAAUAAGAAUUGAAGAGAAAAGAGAAACUUUUAUUUAAUAAAAAUUUAUAAAUAUACUUAACCUUCAUGCGGAUGAGUGGCCCACUAAUAUGUUAUGUUAUAGUUAAAAUUACAUUAGCUAUGCUCUUAUGAAAUAAAGAAAUGCAGAAAUAAUGAACUUUAAGAUUUCAACAAUGGGAUGGUAUAAAUGGAUGAGCUCUGUUGCUAACCUAAAAGUAUGAAAUAUUUAAGAAAACAAUGCUUGAGGUGAUGUAGCUGUCCCAUUUAUCUACUCAAAGAUUAAAGAGGUAGAAAGCUUUGUCGAAAAGAUCUAACUAUUUUAUGAAAUCCAUUUGAAAGAUGAAUAAAAAUUUGAUGUAAACAAUUAUUUUUUCAAAAUACUUUGACUUUUGGUAUCAAUUUGGCUGUUAUUACAUGUUUUAUUUGUAUGUUGCAGUGCCAUCGUAGUUUGUGAUGCAGAUCACUCUGCUUGCACAUCACAUCGGUAGAAGGCGAGAUGUUGUGAUGGCUGGUAGAUCACGACGUUCGAGCACAGAGCUCGAACCAGAUUUAUCGACGCCAACUGCCCCUAAGAGGCCCAAGCAAUCCGAGACCUCACCCGAAUCGUCUGGCGAGGAGAACUUAACGGAAGUGGAAAGUACCGAGACACCAACCGCGAGUGAAAUAUCUUUACAGGCGGAGGUCGUGGUCGUUCGAGAAGGGGAGAAACAGCUCUCAGAUGUUACAGAGCAAGCAGGAACGUCGAAGCAGUCGGUUUUGAUCAGUAAAACGUCCCCAGAGUCGUCCAAAGAAUCGUCUCAAACGGACACGGAUAUCUUCGAACGAGAGAGCGUCGCCUCGACCUCUACGGAAGCGAUCCCGAGCACCUCGAGGGAAGAGCAACUCGGCACGCUGAAAACCAUUGUAAUGAAAUACAGCGAUCAGGGCGAGCUCUCUGGUCCUUCCGGAAGACGAUCAGAGGAGACGGUACAAAGUUUAUUACUGCGCGAACAUAUGUCGUACGAGGAUCUGUCCCUUAUCGGGAACGGCGCUUACGGAACAGUGUACAAAGCUAAAGAUAGAACCGGCAACGCCGUAGCGCUUAAGAAAGUCAGAAUACCUUUGACGGAGGAUGGUCUGCCUACGUCCACGCUAAGAGAGAUUGCUGUCCUGAAAUCGCUCGAACGAUAUGAGCACCCACAUAUCGUCAGAUUAUUGGACGUCUGUCAUGGAGAUUAUCUACAUUUACCGUCAAGUGACAGUACACGAUCCGAAAGGCUAGACCCUGGCGUUACCCUCUGGUUGGUGUUCGAACAUUUGGAAAGCGAUCUCGCAUCGUUCAUAGCUAAUUAUCGGAAUAGCUCGCCGCACUCAGGCAUCUCGCCGUAUCUCGUGAGGAAAAUGUCAAAAGAGAUACUCAACGGGGUAGAGUUUCUACAUAGCCAUAGAAUAGUACACAGGGACUUGAAGCCGCAGAAUCUUUUGGUAACGCGCGACAGGCAAAUCAAGAUCGCGGAUUUUGGUCUGGCCAAGACCUACGACUUUGCGAUGAGAUUAACUUCCGUGGUUGUAACUCAAUGGUAUCGAGCACCCGAAGUACUCUUAGGAUGUUCCUAUGCUACUCCUGUAGAUAUUUGGUCUGUUGGAUGCAUAUUGGCAGAACUUUGCAAGUUGGAGCCGUUAUUCCCAGGUACCAGUGAAGGCGAUCAACUGGAUAGGAUUUUCCAAGUUUUGGGGACUCCGCCAAGGCAAGCGUGGCCGGAAAACGUAUCGCUCAGUUGGACAGCUUUCCCACGCAGACAACCCAAACCUCUCGGUGCAAUAAUACCGGAUCUCAAUGAACACGGAUUAGACUUAGUAAGGAGUAUGCUCAUGUUUGAUCCUCAUAGUCGUAUAACCGCAGCUCAAGCCGUAAGACACCGAUAUUUUUCCGAGGAGAUCGUACAAUGACCAUUCUAUAAAUUAUCUAGACUUACUGCUGGAAUAAUCUGGCAAACCCAGACUGACAUAAUUAUAUUCAGGAAUAGAAGUACAUAUAAUACUUAAGUGUGCACUAUAACAGUAUGAAUUAUUAUAGUAGAAUUACUAAUAAUACGUUGAUUAUUAAAUAUCUAAUAAAAGCCACGUAUAAACUUAUUGCGUAUUCAGCGUAUUGUAUUGAAAUUUUGAGAUAAUACAGAAUCUUUGACAAAUGCAGAAUACAACAAUAUGGAAAAUACAUACAGCGUAUCAUGAUUUGAUAUGCAGCGAUACAUAUACGAUGAUAUGAUACGCAACAAGUCUAUAUUCGCCCUAAUUCGAGUAUUAAAAAACGCCCAUGCGUAUAAAUGCUGAAGUACCAUAAAUUCAAUUAGCAUUUAAAUUUAUUAUAUCGUAUUAAAUUAUACAUAUCGCUUAUUUUUACAUAACUAGCCUUGCGAAAUUAAGUUAUUAACAGUAAAUAUAACAACCUCUAACAGUUUACGAAAUAAGCUCGUAAUAUUUAAGUUAAUUUAUCUGAGGUAUACCUUAAUGUACAAUAUGAAAACGAAACGAUUAUUAUUAUUUUUGAUAUGUUAUUUAUUUACGUAAUGUCUUAAUGUUUUAGUCACUUGUCUUUUUAUGACAUUAUGAGUUAUACUUCUUGGUAAUUUUUUUGUCAUAGCAAUUACUACUUAGUAAUUUAAUUGUACGUUUAUGUUAGUAAUUACGUAAGAUUUUUGUAGUUGCGGCGAAUCCUAUUAGAGGUAUAAAAGUGUAUGUGUAAAUUGUAUAUUUGAUACACAUACUUAACUUAGUUUUCGAUACAAAAUUAGUGUAAAAAAUCUAAGAUAACACUGUAUAUUUUUUACAAGUAGAAUUAUUUUUCUAAGACUGGGGCCUUCGCGACCCAUUAGCAAACACGGGAAUGAUUUAAAGAUCUUCCGGAAGAAAUCAGCUAACACUGCCAUAUUUUAUUUGUACGACAAGCCAUUGCAAUCGUUACUAGCGUAUUUUUAUAAAUGUACAAUGUCGAUGAUACGUGUAUAAAGCAAUAAGUGACAAUAUUUAUAUGCCUUUAGGGUGCAUUAUAGUGUUAAGAUGUCAAAAAAUAGAAUAAGCGCAUUAUUAAGAGAAGACUGUUCAAUGAAAUAUAAGUUUUAUAAUUUUACACGUA